UCAGCUCAGUGCUUGCAUCGAUAUCUGACUAUACAUGUAUGUCAGUAUGUGCCCCAGUUACAUUGUGUAGAAUGUAGUCUACCUGCAGGUAGUCUACCAGAUCUACACUAGAAUUGAAUGACGAUGGUUUAAUAGAUUGUCUAGGGCUACAGGGAAGCCAUGCCACUCAAAGCCACUUUGGUUUAUAGCUUCCUUUGUCCUGAAUUGGUAAGGGGUGAUCUAGCUACUGCACUGGCAUUCAGUGAUUAGUAGAUUCUGCACUGCAGCAACUGAAGUGACUGCAAGUGUGCUCCUGAAGUUUGCAAAUGGCAGUUUUCUCAGUGGUGGGCCUGGUACUGCUGCUACUCACUUGUGGUCAUAGUAAUACAGUAACGGAGCCUGGUCCCACGUCUUCGUUUCCCUCACCUGUGGACAUUGCAGCAGGGAUCAAUGUGUUCACGAAAAGCUUUCUCAAUCAACUAAAAUCGAACCAACCUGAUCUGAAGGCGGGUCUGUGCAAAUACACCAAUGGUGAACUGUCCAAAUUAUCCAACAGUGGAAAAGUUCAACUCAACCAAAAGGGCUCAGCUCAACAUCCCAUUAUUCAAGCCGUCGCCUUGAAAGCAUUCCCCUUCACAGAAUUAUUCUCAGGAAAUAGUAAUAAUGGUCUACUUAACAAUAUACCUGUCACAAAUGUGCUUCUUGAGUGCGAGCCGUUGAAUGUUGUAGUAGUAAGCCGAAACUUCGAUAGCCACCAUGUGAUCAUUCCUGGCAUUCUGCAGCUUGAUGAUCUGUCACUGAUAGUGUCCAUAAAUUCAUCGUUUAUACCGAGAAUCUACUUUAAAGGGAUCUGGUCAGUCGCUGGUGAAAAAAAUCAAAUUCAACUUGAUUUCAAUUCUCAAACAAACAAGCUAGAAGCAUCAAGUGAUUUCAGUAUUCCCUUUAGAGACCUUGUGCAUACGCUGACACAAUUGCCAGUUCCUCUCCCCAAAGGUUUUGAUUCUAUUGGAAAGAAGUUAAAGCUAGUCGGAACAUUUGAUAACCUAUUCAAUGGUAUGCUGAUAAUAUCAGCCGGUACUGACCCAAGCAAGCAAGCAUAUCUCAUUGUUAACAAAGAACACGAUAGCGUUAAGUAUGCUGUUGUGGUGGACAUUGGCGAUAUAACUCUAAGUAGUAUGGUGAAAGCCGUAUUUGGAAAAGAUAUAUCUACAAUUCCGUUCAUUGGAUCUCUUGGCCUCCCUGAAAUUGCUGUAGCUGUCUCGAAUGGUAAGAUAUCCUCAGAUGUUCUCACUAAAACAUUUGAUGGAGCUAAUCUGCUUCACCAUUAUAAUAACACUAUUCCUUCUGGUGUCUCGGGUUUCAUCCGCUUUGAUUUCUCAGAUGUAAUCUUUAAAGUAACUUAUCAAAACAAUUUGCUCUCUUUUAAUGCGUUCGUUGGCUCACUGAGUAUUGGUAACGUGCUGAAAAAGAUCCCUAACUUUAACAUUCCUUCUGGAAUCACUGACCUUCUCGAUAUCAAGAUCAGCAGAUUUGGUUAUGACUUCAGUACACACAACAUUUUCAUCAAAGCUGAUUUCGACACUGCCCUCAGCUUUCUGGAUGGCAUUCUACCGAUUCACAAUCCUUCAAUCCUGAUGAAUAUAGACUCAUCUACUAAAAACUUUGUUGCUGAUAUCUCUGGACAACUAGCUAUCUUUAAUAUCAAAGUUCCUAUUGAUGUGAAGUACUUGUCAAAUCUUCAUCUCUUCAAAGUAGUAACUGGCUUUAACGUUCCUUCUCUAAGUGUUAGUAGUAUGGUUCGACAACUGGGCAUCCCUCAACUGCCUCUGCUUGACAAAUUCUCAGCUCCUAGUCUCGCUAUAAAAAUUUCCGGCAAUCUUAAUGGUCUUUCAAAUGGAAUUGUCGUCAUAGAAGCGAACAUCGACUCAAAAAAUCGUGUUUUUGCAAUUCUUAAGAAAGAUAACAAGGUACUGACAAGAGCACUUGCUGCUGAUAUCGCCCAAGUCAAAUUAAGUGAUCUUGUUCAAAAUUUGGUCGGACAAGACAUAUCUUCAACACCUUUCUUUGGUUCUCUUGCUCUUCCCAAAAUGGGCCUUUCCAUCUCCAAUGGGUCAAUCUCAUCCGAUCUGAUGCAAAUGUCCUUUAAAGGCACCAAAAUGCUGAAGUACUUCAACAACCAAGUUCCUAAAGGUUUUGAGGGUUUCCUAACAUUUGGCAAGUCAGAUUCUCUGUUUAAGGCAACAAAAGAUGACAAGGCUUUCACAUUUGAAGUCAUCAGCGGUGCUCUAAGUAUUGGACAAUUGCUAAAAUCUAUUCCAAAAUUCAAGAUACCCUCUGGAAUCACUAACAUGCUCGACAUCAGGAUAAGCACCUUCGGGUUCAACUACGUUACAAAGAAUGUAUUUUUGAAAGCCAAUUUCAACAAAGCUUUUAAUUUCCUCAAUGGUGUACUGCCUGUUCAGUCUCCUUCCCUCAUUCUGACAAUCAACACAGCUACUCGAAGUGUAACUGGACAAAUCGAUGGGAAACUAACUCUUUCCAGCAUUAAAGUUCCCAUUGAUUUAAAGUACCGAUCUGAUAUUCAUCAAUUUAAGGGAGCCACAGAAUUUACACUACCUUCUCUGAGUUUUGGUAGCCUUGCUAAAGAUCUCGGGGUUCCUCUUCCUAAUUUACCUACGAAGAUCUCCAUUUCUGGCCAGCCUAUUACGUUGAACACAGAGCUAAAUGGUCUCUCCCAUGGAAUUGUUGUGAUUGGUAUUUCUAUUGGCUCACAUGAUAAAAUUUUUGUGGUUAUUAAGAAGGACGCCAAAUCAUUUGCAGCUGCGACUUUGGCAGAUAUGAGAGGAAUUAAACUUAGUGAUCUGGUCAAGAAAUUGAUGGGAAAAGACAUAUCUUCUAUUCCUUUUUUGGGUUCCCUUGCAUUGCCUGAAAUCGGUUUGGCUGUUUCCAAAGGUAAUAUCUCAUCCCAUUUGAUAGGUGAGAGCUUCCAUAACACAAGCCUCUUGCGAUACUAUGACAACAGCAUUCCUUCAGGAUUCUCUGGCUUCAUUAAGUUUGACUUCUCAAGUACCGUGUUCAAAGUUGCUUACAAUAGUAAAUCUAUCUCGUUCAACCCAAGAAAAAUCGACAGUAGUUUCAAUGUGAAAAAAUUGCUGAGCUUAAUUCCAAAUUUUGACAUUUCGAAAAUUCACCUACCUCUCGGUCUAUCAAAUAUCUUCGACAUACAAAUCGGCAAUUUUGGAUUUGAUGUCAGCGAUAAUACAAUCUUUGUCGAAUUUCAGCUAACAAAGACCUUGAAGUAUUUUGGUGGGCUCUUACAAAUCUCUCAUCCAAGUAUGCGUUUAGAUGUGGAACCCAAAAAGGCUGAUGUCUCAGUACGAGCAAGUGGAAAACUGGUUCUCGCCAAUACCAAUUUUUUAGUCUCUAUUGCUAGGGUCAAUCGGAAAUACUACCUGACAGCAAGCACACAUAGCAUUUCAAUGUCAAACAUACUUUCAAGCUUUUCAGCCAAAGUUUUGCCAAGUCAGAUGCAAUCACUUGUAGGCAAGCUACCGUUUUUGAAUUUUGGUGUCGAGGACUUCAAUAUGCUUUUGCCGUUAAACACUCAAAACUCUGAAAUUUUCUUAUCCGGAAGCCCAAGCAUUGCUGGAUAUAAACUUGUUCGCAUGCAUGCCACCAUUACUCGAAAUCAAGGCAGUGGUACAUCACUAGCCCUCAAAUUAGAUCUCAGCAAAACAAACGUAGCAGAGACUAUAGGAAAAAUAGCACCGUUUGCUUUACCCAUUUUGAAGAAAAUACCUCUCCUCAAUCAAGAUGUAGGUACUGACAUAAUUAUUGCACCAAAAGGCAUCAGCGAUCUUAAAUUCUCAAAGGAUGAUGUACCUAUCAAGGUCAAUCAGGGAAUCACCUUUCAAGCAAAUAUUCCAUUUCCUUCAGGAAGUGCUUGUAACAGUGAUGCAUUCUGCAAAGUAGCCAAGAUUAUCUUACCCCCGAACAUUGUGCUGCACAUCGAUACCAGUAUUGUUAGUGCUGCUGAUUUCAAGCUAAUGGCCAGCAUCUCGGGCUCCCUCAACCUACCUGGAGGGCUUGCAAUUACUCGGGCAGGAAUGGAGAUUCGUGUUGGAGAGGACACUAGUAUUGGGAUUGUUGGACAACUUGCUUUGAAGAAUCCGAAGUUAGUUUUCACCUCUCGGAUUUAUGCUUCUCCAUCUGGUGUUAUCAUGGAAAUGAUUGCUGCUGGUUGCUGGAAUAAUGCCUUCCAUUUGGGCCUUAUCGACAUUUGCAAUAUACAUGGCUCAGCGGGUGUUGGUGCAACCAUUAUCACAGAACUUUCGUUGGGAGGAGAAGUACACUUUGGAGUUGGAAGUUGUUCACAUGGUCAACCACUGAAAGCCAAAGCAUACGUAGGAGUCAACACAAUUGAGCCAAAAAAUAACUACUUCUAUGCAAAUUUCCCACAGGGCCUUUCAAUAGACGCCUUUAUGAAGGCACUGUGUAUUGAUUUAAGCUUUAUACCGAAGCCUAUUACAAGUACUGGACUUGAACCUGGAUUUUUAGCUUCAUUCACUGCCAGUGCGGCUGGAAAAUCUAUUCCAGAAAUCAAUUUGUUCAUCCCCCCAGGUCUGCAGGUUAACGGUACUGUCAAUAUUCUUGGAGUGAAAGCAUCUGCCAAUAUUUCGUCCAGCCCCUCCAAAGGAAUUUAUGCCUCAUUUUCUCUUUCCAAACUAGAUGCUGGGGGACUUCUUCAAAUGACAGCAGCAAACGAUCACUCUAGAGGACCAUAUAUGAUCGCUGACCUUAGACCGCCUCAUGUCAAGGUUGAAGCUUCGGGAAUUAUAACCGUUCUAGGAAUUACAGCUGAGGCAACUUUGUCCAUUGGUCUGAAGGGAAUGUCAGUUAAAGUAAAAGGUAAUAUCCUAGGAAUUGUGCAGGCCGAGAUAACCCUAACAGCUGCCACUGGGGGCGGUUCUUUCAGCUCAUCCAAGUUUGAAUGCAGUGGAAAAUUCAGCAACUCUUUCUUCUCUACAAUAACCGAAGGUAUAAAGAAAGCAUCAGAAGGUGCUGCUAAAGCUGCUUCUAGUGCUAUUGAUGCAGCUCAAAAUCUAGUUAAUUCACGAAGUGGAGAUUUCAAAAAAGCAAAUGAUAAACUAGAGGAUGCGAAACGAGCAAUAUCGAAAGCUCAAGGGAGUUUCAAUAAUGGAGGGAAUAAAGUAAAGUCACUGAAGAACAAGUUGAAUCACAUUUGCCCCUCUAGACACUGUAAAUCCGUUUGCUUGUGUGGAAAAUGCAUUCCCGAUGUGACAUGUGUGGCUGCAAACAAAAUAUGUGAUGGUUUGAGAGCAACAGCUAAGGGUGCUUUGGAUGCAGCAAGUGCUACUAUCAAAGGUUUAGGCCAUACAUUAGACAUUGCAAAGGGAACACUCACUGCUGCUCAGAAAACCACAGACGUUACCAAAAUUGCUCUAACAGAAGCCACUAAGUCUCUCAGCGUUGUGAAGGGGGCUAUGCAAGGUACCGUAGAUAUUUUCAAUAAGAUCACUUCGUUCGGUUUGAACGGUCUUUUUUCCAUCGAAGAAAUUAAGUUUGAUGCUCAACUUGGAAAUGCUGCUCUCGGAAAAUUUUCACUAUCAAUACGAGCAAAGAUUCUCGGAAAAACUGAGACACUGAGUGUUAGUGCUAAUAUACAUGAUAUCAUUAGUACCAUUGUGAACCCUCUUGCGAAGAAAAUUGGAAUCAAGAUAUGAACUACAAUACACAUAAUUACACACGAUAGUUAGUUUGUAGAAACAUUAAUUGAUACUUUGGUCGACUUAUUGAUUGAAGCUAUGUCCUUACGAUAACGGGCUAGCCCAAUGAUAUGACAGGAAUGCAGUCCUGUGUAUAUAGCUUUGAUAGCUCCUGCAUGGAAUUAUUGCUUACAAUUAUUGCUCAAUAUCCCUCAGUGCGCAUGCAUGCGCAAGCGAGGUAUGUAGUUGUGUGUUUUGUGUUUUUGAUGCUCAAGACAUUGAUCAUUGAAUGUG